AGGUUGCAAAACUUGCAGCUUCUGUUUACCGCACCCGUUAAACCGAACCUGUUAAGAGGGGGAAAAAAAAAAAAAAGGAACCUUGAAAUUAACCCGCCAUCGUUAAUUUGCAGAAUACGAUCCUAUAACCUCGUACCUGAGCUAUUAAUCCUGGCGGGAAUAAAACCUAAUUUUUCCGAUGACGUCUUUUCUCGACGAAUUUCAAGCCAAUCUUGAGUUGCUUCCAAAUAUCCUGCAGAGGAAAUAUGCAUUGCUACGCGAUCUUGACAAAAGUUUACAAGGCAUUCUGCGGCAGAAUGAACAGCGCUGCGAGCAAGAAAUAGAAGAUAUUAAGCAGAGAUUGCUAUCUGGUUCUAUUACACCAGAGUCAUCCGGCAUCAGAUUCUCAGAUGAAGCACUUGAUGAGCAGAAGCACAGUGUCAGGAUUGCUGAUGAAAAGGUUGCUUUGGCUGUCCAGGCAUAUGAUUUGGUGGAUGCACACAUUCAACAGCUUGACCAGUAUCUGAAGACAUCUGAGGAGGAGAAUCGACGAGAGAAAGAGCUUGCAUCUGCUCCUGCUUCAUCCGAUGCAAGUGGUGAUGGUAGCACAAAAACUGGAAGAAGCAGUGAAGGUGGAAGAGGGGGACGUAAAAAAACACGUCUUGCUGCUGCUGCAGCAGCCGCUGCCACAGCUCCUGCAAAUCCACCAAGCAUGGACUUGGAUAUACCAGUUGAUCCUAAUGAACCCACUUAUUGUCUAUGUAAUCAAGUCAGCUAUGGCGAGAUGGUUGCAUGUGAUAAUCCUGAUUGCAGGAUCGAAUGGUUCCAUUUUGGAUGUGUUGGUUUAAAAGAGAAGCCAAAGGGGAAAUGGUAUUGCUCCGACUGUGCUGGAACACAGAAGCGUCGUAAAGGCAAAUAAUUUCCGGACUACAACCUGAAUGAUUGUGUCCUAAAUGGUGAUAUUGAGAUCAUCCUGAAUGGCAAGAAAGGUAUGAGUAGAUUUUAUGCAUGGGUUUUGUACAGCCUGCUUGUUAAUUAACUUGUAGCUUUAGAUAAGGUAUAACAGGAGAUUCUCUUUGUAGCUGCUAUUGGCAAUUUUGUAUGAUGUUAGUGUUACAUGCUUGUGACUCCCUUUUUCAUGACGCUAUGUGGCUUGGAUUGUGUAAUAAUUUGUUUCCUGGCCCCCUCUGUAAUCUAGUUACCCUUGUGUAGAUUUAAGUCUGUUUUUCCCCCUUGUGUAGAUUUAAGUCUGUUUUUCCAUCUGUCUUUGCCUUGUCAGUUACGACCUGAUUGUAUACAUUUUGACAUUUUUCUUAAGCCAGCCGAUAAAAUUCUGAAACCUUUCUGUUUUUGUA